AUUUGCAAGUCGAGGUAUCUACUUAGUAUUCAUAUUCGUAAUGAUAACCAAAACUAUGAAUUUUUAUUUUGUUAAAUUAUUACAUAAAAAAAACAGUGUAUAAUGGAUAAAUACAAACUCAAAACACAGAAAUUGCAACAAAUAUUUCAUUUCGACGAGCAUAAUAUUGAGAAAAUAUGUACAAGUUUAGAAAACGAAAUCGAAAUCUUGAAAGUAGUCAAAAUUCAAAAUCAGCCAUUUAAGACACCCGAAAUUCAGCUUUUCAAAACUGCAUUGUAUGAAACUGAAACCAAUACUCUUUUAGAAUUACCGUCUUUGGCACUAUCUACCAAGAAUACUUCAAAGAUUACACAAAACGAGAUAGCAAAAACUACUAAAUAUUUAUUAUCUGAUGCUGUGCAAUCUUCAAGAUACUUUCAAAGAACACAACACACACAAACAGAAGCAAUCGCUUUAAAAGAUCAGUCAAAUAUCGCAUCUGUAUGGAUACUUCAAAAGGAAAUCGGUAGCAAUAUGUCAAUGGAAAAAAUCCAAAGAAUCAAACCAAACCGCAAUUUCAAAAAAAUGUUAUUUAUAUCUGAUCGAAUUGUGACGUCAAACAAUUUUUCCAAGAAACAGAUUGAAUUCAUAACACGGCAUACAAGUGACAAACUGAACGCAAUGUCUUACCGUUAUACAUUAGAAGAAAUAUUACAAUUUUCAAACGAUAAAUUAUCGAAUUUUUCGGUCACGUCAUUCGUAUGGAAUACUAUAAAUGAAGACAUUUUGGCAGUGGGAUACGGCAAAUGGAACGACGGAUCGAACGGUUUCAAAGGCGCUGUUUGUUGUUGGUCGAUUAAGAAUCCGGUUUAUCCGGAAAGAAUGUACGAGUUCAAUAAGCCUAUUACUUGUCUCGAUUUUUCAAAAACCAACGCCAACAUCCUCGUCGUCGGUAGUCACGGAGGAUGCGUAUAUAUAUUGGACAUAGUCCAAGAAAUCUGUGAUCCGGUGAUAGUUAACGAGAAACAAUUACAAAACUUUCCUAUAUGGAGUGUUGUAUCGUUUCUACAAAAAAGUUAUACAUCAGAAGAUGAAUUUAUACUGUCCGUAGAUGGCAAUGGAUCGGUACGGAAAUGGUCAGGCGGAGUUUCCAAGACUUACAACACAGAACAAAUGUCAUUAAUAUAUUGCGGAAUCCGAAACGAUUCUGCAAGACUCAACAAAUCCAACCUUUCAACUAUCGUUCAAAAUAUGCCGGGAACGGUCAUAUCGUUUCACCCAACUAAUAAAAGUACAUACUUUAUUGGUACUAAAGUUGGUUUCGUUGUACAGAAUACAAUCGACAGCUGCAAUCAUUACGACAGAAUUUUUAGAGCUCAUAAUGGUCCGGUUUACGGAAUCAAAUUUUCGCCGUUCUGCCCGAGUAUUUUCAUUACAUACGGAGCCGACUGGCAAAUCAAAAUUUGGAUGGAAAAUGUUGACGUACCACUACUAUCUCUGUGUUAUUGUAACGCUAUAGACGACGCCGACUGGUCACCAAUCAACUCUACGGUUAUUGUCAGCGUCAGCGGCGCAGUUAUAUGCAUUUGGGAUUUCGCAAGAAAAACGGUCGAGCCAGUCAUGAUGUUUACGUGCAAGACGGGUGUACAUUUCUCACUGGUGAAAUUUUCUAAAUACGGUAAUAAUAUUGUCACUGGAGAUGUAAAUGGCCAAGUUAGAUGUUUUCACAUCAGUAACAUGCCUUCGCCGUCAUUUCUCCAAAAAAGUUCUAUACUAACAGCUCUAGAGAAUAUGAUAUCUAAUCAAGAACUUGUUCAGAUAAUUAAAAAAACAAUGAUG